GGGCUGUUGCUGGCUUCUGCUCCAAGAUCUCUUCGCCCGCCCCGUCCAUGGCCGCGCAGCUGCUGCUCCUCGGGGCCCUGCUGGCGACCUUGGCGGUGCCCUCUUCCUCCUCCUCCACCGCCAGGCCAAUAGCUGCCAAAGCCAGCGCCGCCCGGACGGAGGGGGUGACGGUGGGGGUGCUGCUGCCGGAGCGCAGCCUGCGCUUCCCCUGGGCCUGGCCGCGCGUCCAACCCGCCCUGAGCCUGGCCCUGGAGGCGCUGGAGCCCCAGCUGCGCCACCAAGGCCUCGCCGUGCGCACCGCCUUCGCCUCCACCGAGAACCAGAAGGGCCAAUGUGACUCCGAAGAGGCCCUCACCCAGGCCAGGGCUCUGAAGGCCUCCCACGACCCCGCCGUGCUGCUGGGCCUGGGCUGUACCGGCACCAGCUUCCUCGUGUCGCCCCUGGCGCAGCACUGGGUUCUGCCGCUCCUGCGAGCGGGGCUCCACGACGGGCACAAAGAGAGCAGCAGCCGCACGACGACUGUGUACGCCGGCCCAGGGGGGCCCGCCCUCCGCGCCUUCGUGGCCCAGCUGCACCGGCACUUCGGCUGGACCUCCGGCGGCGCCCUCCUGCUCUUGGCUCCCGAUCUCAAUUACUGGGCACCCUGCUUCCCCUUGUUCGGCGCGCGAGCGGACACCCUCAACUUUACCGUCCACGUUCACGAAUCUGGGGAGCCAGACGAGACUCGCCGGUUCAUGCAGGCCAACGGGCCAGUGGUCUACAUCUGUGGGUCCCCAGAGAUGUUACAGGAGAUCAUGCACCUGGUGCAGGCUCAGAACAUGACCAACGGUGACUACGUCUUCAUACAUGUGGACAUUUUGGGGGAAAGCUUGAGAGCUGUGGGGCUUCGGGAGGCAGCCAAGCCCUGGCAGAGCAAGGAGAGCCAAGAUGCUGGAGGCCUACGAGAGGCCUUCCAGACGGUGCUGGUGAUCACUGCCCAUGAGCCCCAGACCCCGGAAUACCGGCAUUUCCAGAGACAGCUGAUCCUGCGUGCCCAGAGGGACUUUGGUGUGGCUGUGAAUGACUCGCUGGGGACGCUGGUGGCCGGCUGCUUCCACGAUGUGCUGCUGAUGUAUCUCAGGGCCCUGAGUGAAAAACUACGUGAAGGUGGACACAAGCGGAAUACCAUCGACAUCCUGAAAAAGAUGAGAGCCCAGAAAUUCCAAGGGGUCACUGGGACAGUGAGCCUUGACAGCAACCAAGACCGAGAGAUGGAUUUCGACCUGUGGGCCUUGAGGGGUCUGGAAAGCGGAGAAUACCAAGUGGUGCGUCAUUACAUAGGACCAGAGAAGCGGAUCAAGUGGACAGGGCCCAUCCAUUGGAAGAAGGGGGGCCCUCCUCUUGACAACCCAAACUGUGUCGUCAACAGGGAUGACCCCUCCUGUGACCAAGUCAGAGUACAGACUUGUGACCUGGCUGGCAAUUCAUCAGUGCUGGCAGCUAAAGCUGCAGCAUCAGCCAAGGAUGAGCCACCACUGAGUCCUGACGAAUCACCAGAUGCAGAACAAGGACCCUCCGGAAGACAGGACACAGUACCCAGGGGCACUGCAGAUAAUCGCAUCCUGUCAGCUUUAUGCAAAUUGGAGAGGCAGCUCCAGUCUUCUUUUCAUGCAGUCAAUCUGAGGUUGGAUGCCCUGGAGACGAGGCAGAACCAGGUGGAGAGGGAACUCGGCUGUCUACGCUCAGCAGUAAACAGGAUGAGGGCAGGAGAGGGGGAAGGGACAGAAGGGAACUAAAAAUGUAGCCACUGCCAAUGGAUUUACUGUGUGAGCUGGCAACGUGACACCUCCCUCGGUCGUCUCUAUAAAGUGAUUUUCUACAACACUUAAUGACUCAAAUGAUUUCCUAAGGCAAACAAUAGCAAAAAUGGGCUCCUGUGUUAAAACAGUGCACAGCUAUAUAAAGAACAGGAAAACGCACUCCUCGUGCAAAAAAAUAAACUUUGAGUGAGAAAAGCGAGUAGCAUUAAAGUUGGGAGUGAGUCAAAAUGCGUAUAUCUUUUUUUUUUUUACAUUAUUUCCAUAAUUAUACGACUUUUAAACUAUAUUUAAACCAUUAAGAAUAAUUUAAACGUGGUAAGGUAAAAUAGAGCCAAGUCAAAUUUCAGUACAGAAAAUGUUGCCUCUGUGGGCUAGGCCAGACCUCUGAAGAAUAGGUCUACCUGCCCCUUUCCACUGUUCUACUAUAUUGAAAGAGCCCUCUGGUGCAGAGUGGUAAAGCUGCAGUACUGCAGUCGGAGCCCUCUGCUCAAAACCUGAGUUUGAUCCCAGCGAAAGCUGGUUCAGGUAGCCAGAUCCAGGUUGACUCAGCCUUUCAUCUUUCCGAGGUCGGUAAAAUGAGUACCCAGCUUGCUGCGGGGAAAGUGUAGAUGACUGGGGAAGGCAAUGGCAAACCACCCCAUAAAAAGGCUGCCGUGAAAACAUUGUGAAAGCAACAUCACCCCAGAGUCGGAAACGACUGGUGUUUGCACAGGGGACUACCUUGACCUUUACCUUUUACUAUAUUGAUAGACCUGGCCUUUGGUGAACAGGUCUACCCUCCCCUUUCCACAAUAUUGGUUGAAUUGGCCUUUGACCAUCACUCUGCACUGAGCCUUAGAAAGGGGAGGGGGAACUCUUGCAGCUUACUUUGGGAUUUUGUUUUUAGUGAAAUAUGACAACCAGCAAAUACAGCUGUCGGAACCCUGCCUAACCUAACAAACAGGAAGUUGCUUAAAUGUUAUCAACCAGCCCAAACUACUUAUUUAUUCAAAUAUUUCUCUCCCACUCUCCCCUGUCACUCAAGGCAGCCUACAAAUCAUACCGAAAAGCAUUAAAGGGGUGUGCAAAAAAAAAUAAUUUUUUUUCUGGCUCCAUUAUAGCCUAUGGGGACUAUUAUAGUCAAUUGGCUCAGAAUCGAUUCGGGGGUAUCUGCAGCUUUGGCAGGGGCUGCUUUUUCAGGUAGAGGCACCAAUUUGCCUCUAAGAAACAACAUGGUACUCAGAAGUUCAUUUAAGAGUCAGCAGGUGGUUUAAGUGCAGAGGUGUUAAGGAUAAAACACUACAGAAGCAGGAUAACACUUAACACAUGAUAAGAGUUACUGUUCUGGUCCGUUUUGUCGGUUUUUCAUUCAUCAUAGAUUCAGUUUUAUCACACUUUUGUGGUCUGCCAUUUAGAGUUCCUCAGUAAAGCAUUUUUAUCAGUCAUAUGACUCUGUAAUUACCUUUCAACUGUCCUCAUCUACUAUGCUGAUCCUGAACUCAGAUUAACUAUACAGGCAUCUUAAAUGUACUAACCUUCAAAGCCGUAUAUGGCCUAGGACCUACCUAUCUGCAGGACCGCCUUGCCCCACAUGUUCCCCCGCCUUGCCCCACAUGCGAUCAAGCUCUCAAAAUCUUUUGGCUGUCCCUGGGCUAAAGGAGGCGAGGCUCAACUCCACCAGAGCAAGAGCCUUCUCGGUUGUGGCCCCAAUACCUUGGAACAUCCUCCCAGAAGCCAUCAGGGCCCUGCGGGAUUGAUCGCAGUUCCGCAGGGCCUGCAAGACUGAACUGUUUCGGAUGGCAUAUAACAUCUAAUGGGAGAAGGCUGCCACCACAUCUGGAUCCACAGUCCUUUUAUUACUAACUGCCUAGGAUCUGUGCGCGUGAGAAAGAAAAUAUUACAUGACCCGCCUGAAGUAGCACCAUUGUCAUUUAUCUGAUUGUUUUAUUGUUUUGUUUACUGUCUAUUUUAUGCUGUUAGCCGCCUUGAGUCUGUACGGAAUGGAUGGGAUAUAAAUAUAACGUAAAUAAAUAAA